GAGUUCUCGGGUCUUUCCUAAGGUAAACUUUCUAAGUGUUUUUUCCGUAAUUUAAUGUCUUAAUUGUUGUUUUUCGUCUGUUUUCCUAAGUUUUGAAAUACAGUGUAAAUAGCAUUGUACAUAGAGUGUGGUGUGUGUUUUAUACAAUGAGCUCCUCUAACCGUACUACCGGUCGCUCCGGUGGCAAAAACACAGCUGUCAAGAAGAAUGAGUCUGCUCCGGUGGUCAGCAAAGCACACAAGAAUGAAGCCAAAAAGACAGAGUCUGCUCAUGUGACUCACAAGGCAACUGCCGAGCAAAUCAGAAUGGCACAAACAACCACCAUUGACACGAAAGCGGAUGUAGAUCCAAAGCUAGCUUCUAAAAUCAAGAAGGUAAUGGAGUUCACAUCAAGGUCAGAAGAUGAAGUAAUUUUGGCUUUUCAUGACUGUGAUAAUGACCUUGAACGAGCUAUAGAGUAUUUGCUUUCAGAAAAUGUGGACAGUCAGUGGUCUGUAUCAAAGAAGAAGAGACGGGCUGCUAGCCAAUCAAAACCAGGCGGCGAGCCUGCUACAAACCACCAUGCAAACGAAGCAGAGGCGGAGAAGGAGGAAGAGCCUGAGGCAGCUGUUACAGGCAACGGAACAGCCACAGCGAAUAACACCAGAAGAGGUGGCCGGCGAGGGGGUCCACCACGUGCCAACGAUAGGAGCGCCGAUGCUGGAAAGUGGAAAGGUAAAGAGAAUAAGGAGAACGAAAAGAAUGCCUCAGACAGCAGGGGAAGAGGUAGAGACGGAGGUUUUCGUCGAGAUCGUGGUGACAGGGGCGGUCGAGGAAUGGCGAAUGGCUCUGUUGGCCGAGGUGGUCUUGGUGGCCGAGGUAGAGGUGGCAGAGGAGGUGGAAGGUUGAGCACUCGCACUUAUCAACCUCGUGGUGACAAACCUGGUAUUUCCCGAACUAUCGAUACAUGGAACAAUCCUUCAGUUGAAAAUUCCGCUACGGAAAAAAUGGGAAACUGGGAGAACGAUUUCCCUGUGCCCGAAGAGUGGGAUAAUGAAGAAUAUACUGGUUCGCUCACUGAAACCAAAGUCUUCACACCCAGCUCAGCUGUACCUGAAGAACCGACUGUUGAGACUACCUCAACCCUCCCGACUGAAGAAAGCCAAGACUUGUCCUCGAUCACUAAAGCGCCAUCCCCGCAUACACAACAGGGUGUCAUGGGCAUGGGGACAACACUGACAGCAGCCCAAACGCAGUUCUUGAGCCAACUAACGCAACAGCAUUCCCAGCACUCGACCGAUGCGAUGAAACAACCAAGCUCAGUUGCUCCCACAUCAGCAACGCAGUCAAAUUCGUACUCAUCUAUGUAUCAGACCAAUAAUGAACCGGAGCAGCAGAAUACGCAGUCGAAUUCGUACCAGUCGAUGUAUCACCCGAGUAGUCAGUCAAUUACUUCUACGUAUUCAACAUCAUCAGUCCCAUUCCCUCCUAGCAGUUAUGGAAAUUCGAUGGUGAGCAACUAUGGUGCGCUUCAAGACGUAACUUCGCAGUCUCAGUCAUUGCCUCCUCGUAACAAACCUCAGAGGGCCAGGGUUCCUCCACCUUCAAAGAUCCCUUCAAGUGCUGUCGAGAUGCCCCCAGCGGACGGGUCUGUGAGCAGUAAUAUCAGUUUCCUGGAUGUGCAAUUCGGAGGGCUUGAAUUCGGAACCAACGAUACGUCCUUCGACAAUUCCUUAGUCAAUUCGACUGAUCAGAACAAAUACAGCUCCAACAAUACUAGUCUCAAUUCGUCUACCAGUGUGGUGACCUCUCUAGCCGAACUGUCGUUACAGAAUUCCUCCAAUGUUGCUCCUGUUUCAAUUGAUCCGUACGCAAACUUGUCCUCCGUCUCGUCCCAGCAGAAACCAACGCAGCCUUCCAGCGUCUCGUCGGUUUUGAAUCAAGCAUCUAAGGCCCUGGGUAACGACUCACUCCUCCAGUCCUCCAAUGAUAAACAGUCUGGUUCCACAAUGGGCAGCUAUUCUUCCGGGUCAGCAUCUCAGAGCGUUCGUUCAACGUCAACAGCUUUGCAAGACCUUGCCGCCAAAGCCGCAGCGAACACCGCAAGUGUCGGGGCCAGUGAAGUCCCGUCCCUAUCAUCGUAUGGAGUUCCAGACCCUCCUGCUUCAUACAAUCAACAGUCUUCGGCCACAUCAGUAUACCCAAAACCAAAUUCAUCCGUGUCGUCGUAUCAUCAGCCGUCCCAGUCUCUAGGUUCUUCUUACAAUGCUUCUAGUUAUUCUAAUCCUUCUCAGGUCACAUCUUCAAGUAUUGCGUACUCAUCAGGAGGUAAUCAGUCGCAAGGCAGCUCUUACACCCCUGUAACAAAUAGUAGUUACAAUAGUCAACAAUCAUCCUACACUUCUAAUUCGUCGUCGUACCAGCCGUCUAGUAACUACUCUACUUAUCCAUCUUAUCCUAAUUCGCAAACUUACCAAAAUAACUCAGGCAGUCAAUCUGGCGGAGGAUAUCAGAACCAGUCCUCAUACAAUAGUGGUAACUCUUCAAGUUUAACUGGGAACUCAAGUAGCUACGGUGGAUCAUACCCUACAACUUACAAUAGUAGCUCAUCUGCAUCCCAGCAAAACCAUAAGAUCUCAUCCUCUUCCCUAACUUCCUCAUCCGCUUCUAAAGAAUCUCAGGUCAAAUACGACACUGGCAGCACUGCUAUUACAACAGCUGCCCCAGCUCUAUCCUCCUUAUCUCAAACUACUAUUUCUUCAACGAAAGCUUCCUCCACUUCAACUGGUGCUAAAAGUGGGAUCGUCCCUAGUCUCCCGCCUGGUGUACCACCUCAGAUGGUGGGCACGCCGUACACUAUCAUGAGUCAAGGCAAUGUUCCUGCGUAUUUCCAACAACCCAUAUACAGUUACGAAGAUCUUCACAUGAUUCCUCAAAGACUGCCGGCAGUGCCUACCGGGUACUAUGAUAUCUCCGCCACGAGCUACCCGGCUCCCACUAGUCUAGCUGCAGGCCGCGAAGGAAUACCAAAUGUAGCAUAUUCCAUGUCGGAUGCCAGGUUUACGAGGACAGACAAUAAUGCCUCCCCAGUUUCCUCCACGAUUAGUCAACAAAAUGCUUCGCAAGCGCAUCAGCAGCCGUUGAUGAACCCAGCUUUCCAGCCGAGCUAUGCAACAUAUUAUAUCAGUCCUAACUUCGUGCAACCAAAUUUGUAUGGACCACCUGGAGCUCUGUAUCCCAUAACGCCAACAGCUGCAUCAGCGGGAGGUCAUAGCGCAGGAACAAGUGGCCAGUACGGCAAAGGACCUGGUGCAUAUGGUACUGCUGCUGGUUAUGGAACUGGUUAUGAUGCGAACGGAUUGAGCGGUCAGACCGGUAGUGAUUACAAAGGCAGUGGAGUCUAUGCCAAUUCCCAGUCGCAGAGUGGAAAAGGUGUAGCAACGACAAAUAAUCCCACCCAAACAACCUCAGCAACAGCGUCAGAUCUAGGAACCGCGAACAUGUAUUCUAAGUCAGCGCAUUCUACACUUGCCAAAGUAAAUUCCUACGACAAGCAAGGUUUUCACUCAGGAAACCCUCCACCGUUCCCGAUGCCUGGCAAUCAGUCUGCCGGAGCAUAUCAGCAAGUUUUCAUCUCAGCGACCAACCCUAUGGUGCAGUCAGCGCAUGCUCUACAUCUGAACCCAGCCAGACGUCCGGACAGCAGCAAUGUGGCCGGAUCGCGAACGCCAGCCUCUGCGCAGCCGAAUAAAACAGGUUCCAAACCAAGCUACAGCUCCUCCAACUUCUGGCCGCAGAACUGAUACAAAGGAGUUCUCCUCAGCAUGUUGGUUGACUAAAAUGCCAAGGAAAGAGAAUUAUUUCGAUAUGAAAGAACUAAGAAUUUUUGUACAAUAUUCUUUGACUGUGUCCCCGCUCCGUUUUUGUGUUUGAUUAUCGUCUGGAUCCAGUCCACACCACACUCUCACUCUUUUCAUUAUUUUCCUAUAAAUGGUUGUUCAAUCAGCACUUGUACAUUUUUCUCUCAUCGUGGGUAAGAUAUUUAAGAAGGCGAGAAUGAUUGAAUAGCAACUAAUUUGUGACAUGUUAGUAACAAUGUUUUACCGUUUGCAUUGAUUGUACUUACUGUUUUUUUUUUAUUUUAUUUUUCUCCGUUUUAUUUUUCUUUUGGUUUUCUCCUAAACAGUCUCGAUGUAAAAAGAAGGAAAGAAAGGAAAUAUUUUUUAUCCCUUCCAUCUUGUGUUUUUCUUUCUGGUAAUGCCCACGUAAUGCUUAAUGUAAUUAAGUUAGAUUAAAGAAGCGUUCACCUUCAAGUUAGUUGAAUUUUGCUCCCAAUGAUUAUAUUUUUAUAGUAACCCCUGUCCUCUUUCAAAAUUAUUUUUUAUUUCGGAUGUUAUCAGUAUAUGUAUCUGUUUUUAUACAUAUAUAAUUUUGAUAUGUACUAUUUUCUGUUACCCAAA